AUGCAAGCGGUAUUUCGGCUGAUCCUGGAGGGUCUGGCUAUGUUUGUCGGCUCAUGGGCGGCCGGCUGCGUGCCGAUUUACGUGCGCAUGGACCAAAGCAAAUUCAACAUCCUCGCCCUAUUCGGCGCUGGGCUUCUCAUCGGCGCUGCCCUGGCAGUGAUUCUGCCCGAGGGCGUAGAGACACUCUCCCACGCCCUUCUGUCGCAAAGUCCCAAGAACCAGAUGGACGACGACAUGAUUGACUCUAUAAACAACAACAUUGGAUGGUCACUGGUGGCCGGCUUCUGCGUCAUGUUUCUUAUUGACAACCUGUUCCCGUCCGCCCACGCGCACGAAGACGCUGCUGAGGGGUGCGGUGUUGACGGCAGAGAUAAUGAUAGCGCAGCGUGCUUGGGUGAAAUCCAAAUGGGGCCAACAACAGGCGGAGCGAGGGUGGGUGCUUCCGAGUUUACCUUGCAUGAUCCUCAGCGUCACCAGCAUCACCAGAACCUUGGCGCACUCAACAACUCGGCUUCAUCGCUGGUCAUUAGUCCACAGAACUCUGCCAACAGCCCAUACAGUGUGACUCCAACCAGCGAGGAUGGCAACUGGGAUGAGCCGCAGAAGCCCAAACCCAAGUGGCGCCAGAUCUUAGGCCAAAUUGGCUGCGCCCUGUCCCCCCGCUCGCUGCCCUCGACGCUCAUUGGUAUUCUGGUCCACUCAUGCGCCGACGGCCUCGCCCUUGGUGCUGCUGUGGCUGCGUCUGCCUCUGCUGCAUCAACGUCGGCAGAUAAGAGUGCUGGGGAGCACAGCUCGUCAAUGGAACUCAUUGUCUUCAUGGCUCUGCUCUUGCACAAGGCCCCGGCCGCAUUUGGUCUGAUUACGACGUUGAAGCAGCAGGGCUUUGCAACGUACAAGUUGAACAUCUGGCUUACAGUGUUUGCUGUCUCGGCGCCUCUUGCUGCUCUGGCCACGUUCUCAGUGUUUUUAAUGAUCGGUGGUAAAUCCUCGGAUGGUCAUGCCGAGAGCGAUGGCAUUAAGCCGUGGGCAGGAACCGUUAUGUUGUUUUCAGCGGGUACUUUUAUGUACGUGGCCAUGGCACAUACGCUUGCUGAGGCUGUGCAUCAGGCUAAGGUGCUGAGAGGCAGGGCGGCAUCUAAUGGCUCAAAACUGGUAUUGGGCUCGCUGUCGCUUUUAGAUAUCAUUGUUUUGCUGGCCGGUGUAAUUCUUCCGCCGUUGGUUUCAAAGGACCACGAUGGUUAA